UAUAUACCUUCUUAACACUGGGACCGCCUGGGACUCAGUCCGCGUCUCUGUGACUCCACCAGGCUGACCACUCUGCUCGGAAACAUCCGGAUCCUGCAGCUAAGAUGGCCACUGAAAAAAGACUGUCUGCGAGGCGUAAGCAUACUCUGAAAAGCUGUAUGCUGGUGGUGGCCAAUAAUUUGCUGGAGGCUGAAUCGAACAUGAAAAUCGGGGAGAGGGAGAAGUUCCUGGCGGACAAGUGUCCUCCUCUGGAGCUGCCGUACUCCAAGGAAGAGCUCACGGAGCUUUGCAAGAAGCUUCAUGAGCAGAUUGACAUCAGUGAAGAGGAGAGAUACUGCUUAGAGUUCAAGCUGAACAUGGUUCUGAAUGAGGUCAGAGACCUCAACAUAAAGAUUGUGGAUCUGAGGGGAAAGUUCAAGAGACCCCGGCUGAAGAAAGUGCGUAUGUCUGCUGACGCCAUGCUGAAAGCUCUGCUGGGCUCCAAGCACACGGUCAACAUGGACCUGAGGGCCAACCUGAAGCAGGUCAAGAAGGAGGUGAAGGAGGAGGACAAGCAGCUGCGCGAUGUGGGAGACUGGCGUAAGAACAUUGAAGACAAGUCUGAUAGGAAGAAGAUGUUUGACAGUUAAAUGUGAUCUGUCACUGAUUGUUGGGCUUUUCAGGACAGAAUUCAGGUCUAAUGUCUUUGUAGCUGAAGAGUUUUUUUUUCUACAAUGCUGCAUAUCUACUGUAAACGUACCUUCACCUUCAUGGAACAGAUAAGGCAGGACUGUGGUGGAGGUUAUACUGGUUAGCUGUGUUUUUAAGAUCAAUAGGUGAUAAAUUGCCUUUAUCUCCUCAGCUGCUUCACAGGAUUUUAAAAGUGAUUACAUAUAAACAUAAAAUCAUUCUUCAGUUAUUUUCCAAAUGCAGUAAAUGUGUGAUGUGAGCUGAGGAAGACGAGGCACAGUCCAGGUACUUUUUAGAUGUGUGCCUUUGGAACAAAACUCUUCAGCUCCUUUUUGCUUUUGCCUGUAUUGACACUGUACUGUGAUGUAUUUGUACUGUCUGCACUGCUGUCAGUUAGUACAUGAGUGAUGAAUCAAGCCUGCUUUUGUUCUGAGGAGGCUGAGCUAUGCUUCUGCAUCAACAUACUGCUGUACCUGCCAUGUACCUGCGAUGUCCGGUGCCUUCGUCACACCUCCGCUGCAGGUGUCUGUGACGUCUCUGCUGACACGCAGACAGCUGCGCUGUAGCAACUUCCUGUUUAAGUUCAAGGCCACUGUUGCCUGAUCUGUAUCAAAAGAUGAAUUUAUUCAAAUGGAGUUAAUCUAAAAUCCAGAAAAUCACCUGAAUCUCAACGUCUUGUUCUUUGGUACUACUACCCGCCAUGAUGCUACUUUUAUUUCUUUUUUUACUUUUUCUGCAGAAGAAACUUUAUGCACACUUGUCUUGGCGAGCGUCCUUUAAAACCUUGUUUCCUAGAAACACUGUACAACCGGUUUGCAUUCAUGAUUACAUCGUGCUGACAAACGCAUUUUGCUGGGUAGUCCACAUUUGGUUGAGUGAAUGAAAUGUAGAUUUUAAUGUACCUGCUGGAGUCAUAGGGAGGCGGUCGGGGUGGAUGGCAGGUGUCUAAAGUGCAGGUUUGGCUAAAGAAGCACGUUGGUUAAGGUUAGGGAAGGAUCAUGAUGGCUGCUGACAUUUACCAAGUGCCUAAACAUAACCACAAAAAAGCUGAGUAAUGCUGUUCUCACUAGGAGGGGACAGUGCACUGAAGGAUUUGCAGAAAACUAAUUAAUUACGUUGUCAGUAAACAUACGUUCAAUAUCAACAUCCUUCCAAAUUGCAAGCACGUUAUUAGACAUCAUUUCCUCAUUAUGUUAAUAGAAAACGUAAUUCGAUCAGCAUUACGUUUCCCUCAAAACUUAUUUGCUGUUGCUAAUUAGUUGUAUAUAAACGUAUUUUUUAGGAGACAGAGCUCAUCACUUCUGCAUUAAAGGAUGAAAUGAAGCUAGUAUCACAUAAUGCAUUGAAUAAUAUGGCCUCUGUUCUGUUACCCACCCGACAUGCAGACAAUUUUUCAGGCGUUAUUUGGCCGUUUUUGCAGACUUCAGGUUUGGUUAUUUUCAAAUGUAGUUUAUUAACAACUCGUCUCGUUCUCACUCUGACUGCGUGUCACAUGUUAGAGUCACAAAUCGCAGCGAGAAGGCGGAAAGAAACAAGAGUGUAGCCAAUGCGUUGCGUUAGCCUGGCGAGCUAAUGGUCAGUAAUGGAUGAAAUAAAGCAACGUUAAGUUAUCCGUCGCAGAAGCAUAGUUCAGCCUCCUGUCUGUGCUAAACAACAUCAUGCUAUCUUUUCUAAACUGUUCAAACACAAAUGUGAUGUACUUUUCUCGUCAUGUUGCUGUCACAUUAAAUACAAAAGCUUCAUGCUAAUCUU